AUGUCAGCAACAUGUGAGGAACAAGGACUUAUGAUUAUAGAUGAAGGAAAUGUCGUGCAGGUAAGGUUGCGUGCACAAGUUAAUCAUUUUCAAAUUGGUUUGGAAUUGUAGCUGUUAAAAACUUGUUUUGGAACAAUUUUUGAGUAUUUUUGAAUCGUUAAUUAACCUCUUUCAUGAUUUAAAACAUAUUUUUGUGUCUCGGGAAGUGUCUGAUGUUUUGUCAACACCAAAAAGUUUUUUUGCUUAGUCAUUGGUCAAAACAGUGAACUAAAACUUCUGUAUAACAAAACUACUUUAUAAACAAAAAAUUUAAGAUCUCAGAACAAUUCGUAAUACAAGAUUUUUAAUAAAAAUAUCUUACAAAACAUUUUUAGGCCGUUGGUAGUAUGACAAAAAUGAAAAAAUUCUGUAGUUUAUUUUGUCAAAUUAUAAACGCCGCGACCGAAGACGCUUUAACAUCUACUGACAUGUUAGAAACAAUUACUAUCGCAUAUCCCCGACAUUACUUGGCCAUCUCAAAGAAGGACACUAAAGUUUAUGUGAUUCGUAUGGGUCAUACUGGAAGUGCGGAAAUGUUUGUCAAUUCCGAAUUGAAUACAUUGGAAACAACAAGCGUUUCCAAAAUCAUUGGUGAGAAUUUACCCUCAGGCGAUGAAUUGGUCGAAGAACAAAAAUAG